CACACAAGAGGUACAGAAAGUGAGAGUCAAUUACACAGGUCAACAAGAAACUGCAGAGUGGCUUUCGGUAAACUGACAAAUGUAACCUUACUGUGUUUUCACAAACAGGUUUAAUUAGUUUAGCCUGUUUGUGUAAAUUAGUUUCUGUACGCAUACAGGCAAAAGAUUCAAGAGCCAAAGGUUUUAUUGUCAUAUAACUAACUACAGUGUAGUUAUGGUAAAGAAAAUAUUGAGUCCCAGUCCCUUUCAACAAUGCAACACAACUAUAAAUAAGACAGAAUACAAUAAAACAAUAACAUUAUGCAAAAAGAAACAGAAUAGAAAUAAAAUUGUGCAUGAGAAUGUUGCAAGUGACCAAUGUUCAGGUAAUGCAGGAGAAGUACUAUAUACAUGAAAAAUAGACAGAAAACAGAAAGUGAAAAUAAAUGCUGUACAAGAAUAAAAUACUGCUUGUUGUGGUAACAAAUAACAGUGACAAAAGACACUGACGUUUACAUUUUAUAAAAGGCUCAAGGCAAUAACAACCAUCACUGCUAAAUGUUGCAAACGAUACAUUACAAUUGUGAAUGACUAACAUUAAAUUGUAAUUUAAAUAAGUAUGUGAUAAUGACAAUAGAAGAGUGUAACGUCACUGUUACUGGUCAAACGAGGUCAGCAAGUUACGCCAAUAAACGUUGGUACAAAUACAAAUGUUACAUUUUCAUUGCAAGUGUACCAAUAUUGUCAACGUCAUUUGAAUAAAGUUAAAAUUGUGUUUCAUCAGGAAAGCAAACCGGACAAACUGGGACUACUAAUAUCAUCAACUACUAAUAUACACGUCAAUUUGCAGGGUACCAGUUAGCACAACGGCUAACGUUAAUCUUGAUACCCUUGGUUAAAACUGUUAAAUCCAGGUGAUAAAACACAGCCAUGUAUCUUGGAGUUAAAACUGAAAUAAUCAAACUGUCGAAAUAUAAAUCAAAACUUUGCCUAACUGACGUCAUCCGCAGGAUACAGGAGCGAACCGUGCCCCGUUUCCUUUGUGGAGGAGACAAAAAGGCUCGGCUAAAGGCCUUCACCACCCCGGCAGCAGCGGCAUCGGCUGGAAGCCUCGGCCGACCCUGGGUGCACUAGCGGCGGCUUACCUGCACUAGACAGGUCCCGGUACAAAGAAGACCUACAAUGGAUCCCAGUGCUUUCUGCGGCAUCUUGCUGGGGUGUCGGCCGUUGACACGACGGGAAUCAUAAAGCAGUCGGUCAAUGAGAUGUCUUGUUGAGGGGGACUGCGGGUUGAAGCUUCAGUCUGUCGCACUCGGACAUGUUUUUGUUGUUCCUUGACUCAGAAACAGCACUACUGUAGUAAAGAGAAACGACGACAAAUGGACUCUAGAGGGCGCUGUAUGUGCAUGUGUGAAAAGGGCCUGUUGUCCAUUCUUCGGAGGCUGAAGCCGACCCCAGAUCAGGAGGUGCGCUUACUGCUGCUGGGCUUGGACAACGCUGGCAAGACCACUCUGCUGAAACAGCUGGCGGCGGAAGAUAUCAGCCACAUCACCCCCACACAAGGUUUCAAUAUAAAGAGCGUUCAAUCAUCUGGCUUCAAGUUAAAUGUGUGGGACAUAGGAGGUCAGCGCAAGAUCCGCCCCUACUGGAAGAAUUAUUUUGAGAACACAGAUGUACUGAUCUAUGUGAUUGACAGCUCCGACAGGAAAAGGUUUGAAGAGACAGGUCUGGAGCUGGCUGACUUGCUAGAGGAGGAAACGCUCGCUGCUGUGCCACUGCUGGUCUUUGCCAACAAGCAGGAUCUGAUGACUGCCACCCCAGCGUCUGAGCUGGCAGAAUGUCUCAGUCUGCACACGAUCCGAGACCGCAUGUGGCAGGUCCAGGCCUGCUCAGCAGCCACUGCUGAGGGACUGCAGGACGGAAUGACCUGGGUUUGCAGAAAUAUAAGGUUUCGGAAGAGAUAAUUCAGGAAGAAAAAAAGAUCUUUGAAGAAUUGCAGUUCGCACUUUACAUUUGACAUACAGUGAUCUCAUGCAUGAUACAAGGAGGCGACAGAAGGUGUUUCUUUUUAUUUUGGUGAAACUACCUCUUUUGUCAUUCUGUUUAAACUUGGCAGCAUAAAAAACAAGUAGAAUGUAUCAAUACAGUGAUUUUAAGUGAUCUGAACCCCUUUCAAUGCAUAUGUUGAAAUGUAUAUAUGAGGGUGUUUUCUUCUAAUUGCACACUUUAUUUUUGUAAUAUCUUAUUUUUAAUGUUAUUAAUUUGUAGACAUUCACUGUCGUAAUAAAGUGCAAUAUAACUCAG